CUUGAUUCAUUUUUAUUUUGUUCCGUUCACACUGCAAAUGCUUUACAAUUCAAUUUGUUUUAGGGCAUAGCUACGUACCAAUGAGGCGCCGCGGCCGCGAUGAAAAAUUCCCUGAUAAUGGAUUUGAAGGAUGGGGUGGUUAUAUGCAAGCUAAAAUAUCUAAAUUGGAAGAUCAGUUCACUUCAAAAGCUUGCAAUGAAAAUAAAAUUUCUGAUAUAUUUUCUGGUGUGAGUAUUUUUGUGAAUGGUUUCACAAUCCCCUCUGCUGAUGAGUUAAAGGAGUUGAUGGCGAAACAUGGUGGUAUAUAUCAUACAUACCAGAGAAGUGAAGAUUUUGUUAUAGCUUCAAAUUUACCUGAUACUAAAGUCAAGAAAAUGUCUUUGGUUAAUGUAGUAAAGCCUGAAUGGAUUACGGAAAGCAUAACUGCAAAUAGACUCUUAGACUACAAAGAUUAUUUACUAUAUGGUAGCAAAAGAACACAACCACAGUUAAAUUUUAAUAAACUAUCAACUAGAAAAUGCCCAAUUGCAUGUAAGGAUGAAGUUGAAGAAGAGAUUACUGAAAGAGAAUAUUCCCCACAAAAAGUUAAACCAACCAUACAUAAAACUGAUGACACUUUGCCUUCAGGUUCAAUAGAUUCUAAAUUAGAUCUGAAAACCUUAAGAAAUGGACCUAAAACUGCCAUAGAUCCUAAUUUUAUAUCUGAGUUCUACAAUAAUUCAAGGCUUCAUCACAUUUCACAACUUGGAGCUUGUUUUAAACAGCAUAUUAAUGAUCUUAGGGAAACCAGUAAUUUCAAAUUUCCAGCAUGCAUCAGUAUUAAGGAAAAGAUUAAAUCAUUCAACCAGAAUAGUUGUUUUGCAUUGAAUUUUGAAUAUAAUAAGGUGAUUAUGCAUAUUGACAUGGAUUGCUUCUUUGUUUCUGUUGGUUUAAGAAAACAUCCUGAACUUAGAGGGCAGCCCAUAGCUGUUACACAUUCUAAAGGUGGCCAGAGUCAAAUGAAGAGAACAGGAGUAGAUCGAGCAGCUGAAUUUAACCUUUAUAAACAAAGGCAAGCUAAUAAGUUAUCAAAAGCUACAGGCAUAUCCCCAAAUGGGUUUGAAUUAGAAACUAGAGUUGAUAAUAUAGGUGGGGAAAAUGAUAAGUUUGGAUCUAUGAGUGAAAUAGCUUCUUGUUCAUAUGAAGCUAGAAAUAAGGGUAUUAAAAAUGGCAUGUUUAUGGGAGCAGCAUUAAGGCUAUGUCCAGAAUUGCAAACUAUCCCUUAUGAUUUUGAGGGUUAUAAAGAAGUAGCCUAUACUUUGUAUAACACAAUUGCACAAUAUACAUUAGAUAUAGAAGCGGUUUCUUGUGAUGAAAUGUAUGUUGAUUGUACAAAUUUAUUAAAAGAAUUAGAUGUGAGUGUUGAAGAUUUUGCAACAGUAUUACGUGAAGAAAUAAAAGAAAAGACAGGCUGCCCAUGUUCUACAGGCUUUGGAGGAAAUCGCUUGCAAGCAAGAUUGGCUACCAAGCAAGCAAAACCAAAUGGACAAUUCUUUCUAACUGCAAAUCUAAUUGAAGAUUUUAUGUUUGAUAUAAAGCUUAAAGAUUUGCCAGGGGUUGGAAGGCAAAUAUCCCAAAAAUUGGAAGCUCUUGGCCACCAAACAUGUGGAUCACUGCAAUCACUCACUUUAUCUAGCUUACAGGGUCAUUUAGGAAAUAAAACAGGCUCUCAAUUAUUUGAUCAAUGUCGUGGGCGCGACAGAAAUCCUUUGACAUACCAUACAGUUAGAAAAUCUGUAUCAGCAGAAGUAAAUUAUGGGAUAAGGUUUGAGAACAAUGAACAGUGCUAUGAAUUUCUCAGACAACUUUCUGUAGAAGUUGAAACAAGAAUGCAACAGUUCAAAGUUUUGGGAAAAUGUGUUACUCUUAAACUCAUGGUCAGAGCUGCAGAUGCUCCUGUAGAAACUGCAAAAUUUCUAGGCCAUGGCUUCUGUGAUGUCAUCAAUAAAUCAACAUCAUUACCUGUAGCAACAAAUGACUCUGAACUUAUUAAUAAAGAAGUGGUACUGUUAUGUAAAAAAUUGAAUAUAGAUCCAAAAGAAAUGAGAGGAGUUGGUAUACAAGUAACCAAAUUAGAAUCAUUGAAUAAUAAUCAACUUAAAACCAAAGGUGCUAUAAGUAAAUUUUUGGUAAGUGGUAUAGAUGUUAAAAAGGAGGAGCCUAAAAAUAUUUCUACAUCCAGGCAAAGUAUAAAAAAAGAACCAGUUACUCCAAGAAAGGUUAAUAUAUCACCAAAAAAGAAAUCACCAAUACUGGGAUCUAGAAGAUCGCCAAAUAAAAGACGAGGAAGACCACCUAAAACCAUAAAACUAGAACAAUCAACUUCAAGAAAUCUUUUAGAAAAGUUUGUGCAUGUACCAAAAGACAAUCAGAAUUUAGAUAAAAGGGAAACUAUUAACAAACCAAUUGCUAAAGAGGAACAUGUUAAAAAUGAAGAAAGAUCAGGUUUAUUGGGUCUACCUUGGCAGCAGGUUAGAGAAUUACUUAGAGCUUGGUUUGAUAGUGGUCAAACACCACAAUCCUGUGAUAUACAUAUGAUUGCAGCGUAUAUGCGCGAAAUGGUAAUGAACAAAAAUAUCGACAAACUUCAUAUACUCGUAAACUUUUUCAAAAGAAGGACAUUUGAAAUGAAAAAUGAGAUUUGGAAUGAUGUUUUUAAUCAUGUUUUGGACCAUGUUCAAAGCUCAAUGUUAACUGUAUAUGGUAAGAAGCUAUGGGUGGAAGAUUGAGAUAUUCUGUGAUAUUAUGACUGUUCUUCAUUAGAAACUAUUUUAAUGUGAUAUUAAAUAAAACAAUCAUGAUUCA